GGCUAAUGUUUGACCCUUUGGGGGUAUGUUUUGGCCAUCUUCCAUUCUGCGUCCGAAAGCCGCCUUAGUGGGAGGACACGCCCGACCUGACCCCAGCAAGGCCCGGCCCGUCUUGGGCGAUGGCGCCUGGCCAGCGUGCCCCCGUCCGCCGCGCGGCGGCGGCGCUGCCGCGGCGCGGGUGGUCGCGGCGGGCGGGCUGCGUGCUGGCGGCCGCCGCCUCGGGCUGCCUGUUGCGCUCCCCCGAGGCCCUGCCGUUCAGCCACGUCUGGCGCACGGGCAGCGACGGGGCCCUCGGCGUCUUCGCCACGGAGCGCAUCGGCCGCGGCCAGGUGGUGGAGCGCUGCUACUGCCUGCCCGUGCGGGCGAACAACAUGGUCGGCCAGUGGCUGCGGCCCUGGCUCUUCGACAGGGGCCGCGGGCCAGGCGAGCCCAUGCUCUUCCCCCUGGGCUUCGGCUGCCUCUACAACGAGGUGCCCACCGAGGGCGACGUCGCCAACCUGAGGUGGGAGUACCAGGAGAUACCAGACGCGCACGGCGUCCCGCGGCCAUACCUCGUCUUGAUAGCAUUCGCGAUCAUCGCUGCCGGCCAGGAGCUCUGUGUGAAGAGGCAGCGGACUGGCGACCAUAAUUCCUUGCGCGACAUUAUCAGCAGCUCGCUGCGCUUCAUGGACGCCGAUGCAGGCUCAACCGUCCCCUCCAAGCUUUAUGAUGAGUUCUUCGUCCCGUCCACCGGCGGAGGACCUUACAGCAUGGACCCUCCCUCCGGCGUGAAAAUUUCCUCAUCACCACUCCAUGGCAACGGGGUAUUCGCCACAAGGUCCUUCAAGAAGGGCGAGACGGUGGAGGUGGUUCCGUCGCUCAUGAUAUCUACCUCGAGGCAGGUGGGACAAACAUUCCGGGACUACGAAUUCGCAGGGCCUCAUCCCACCGUGUCCAGAGUGGCGUUGGGGCACGGUAGUGUCUACAACCACCGAGAGGAGCCCAACGUUUUGAAAUGCGCCGUCGGCGCUGCGUCAGACACACUGGGUCCAGUGCCCGCCGUGUGCCAGCGCUAUUACGCAGCCCGUGACAUCGACGCAGGCGAGGAGUUGUGCAUCUUCUACGGCAAAGGUUGGUUCCAGAGGUGCGUCGGCUAGGGAGCCAUGAAGUUUCUUGGUGGCAGCCGCGCUACGAGCCGCUCGGCGGCCACGCCAUCGGCUCGUGACUCGCCGCUUCUCAGACAAUUCUGUUUGAAGGAUUGCUGGUCUUCGCUGUGAUGGAUUUUCAUGUAUUUCGCAUCUGUAUCCCAGUUCUCGACGUUCGAUCCCGAAAGGUGAGUUGUUUCCAGUACAGUUCUGCACGUUCUGGCAACGUGCGAAUCGGCCCUGAUAUAUAGCUUCACGCAUGGUCGAAGAGCCUCUGCGUGUGUGAUACGAUGUCCUGCGUCGUUCGACGAUUGCACACCACCCGUCGAGGAACAGUGUGGGCCACCCGAGUCCGCGGUGCCAUGACCAAUUCCCGCCGCGGGCGGCCUGCCUGCAAACCGGCGUCGCUAACGAGUAUUUAGAGUUUUUCGGCAGGCAGCCGUGGCCACGGAGCGGCGAUUGCAUGACAAGGAUGUUGGUUUGGACAGCGUGUAGACGGAGGCUCUUCGUGCCCUUCCUUCAUCCCGAUCCCCAUUCUGCCUGGCCCUCCGCAUUGCCGUGCCCCAGCGCCAGCUAAAGUGUGUGUUCGUAGAGGCCCGCCCGCAUCCGUUCCUACUCGAAAUAUCCCUUCAGUCUCCAUCUCGGCUUGGUGCCUCACCUGCGCAUGUCCUGCCAGGGACAUGUUCGGGAUCGAGAGGGUUCGCGACCCCACAGUCGGUGUGCCCGUGCGCGCGACGACUUCUGCCUGCGAGCAACACCGCGCGGUCUUGCUGCCGUGUUUGCCGCGCUUGGAAGCUAAAAGCAUCAACGUGCUUCACAGCUGAAUGCAAGCCUCUGUCGGCGCGAAAAUUCGGGGGGCCAUAUCGACAGGCCGAGCCCGAACGGAGCGGGAGCCGGAGCCCACUCCCCAGAAUUGCCGGGCAGGCCGAGCUCCGGCGCCAGCAGGAGUGCCUCCCAUCGCCGACGUGGACCUUGAGAUCCUGGCGACUCAA